AGGAGUUGGAGUACUGGAUUUGCUAUGGACUAAGGAAUUUUUAUUUUUAGUUAGGCUAAAGAAGUGGGAAGGGUUCUUUAUUUGACCUAUACUUGUGCAAGUGUCAAGUGCGCUUAAUGGAUACGGGUGCACUAGACCGUUCCUGUUUUCAUGCAAGGAGGGAGCCAGCAUUAGGGGUUUAGGAGUGUUAACAUCCCUACCAGCUGUUUUUUCAACGCUGACAGGGACGCAGGGGAUAAAAAAUGAUUGGAUCCUUGUGAUGACCAUGGCUCAUUAUUCCACCUAUUGUUUGAUGCUAGUUGUGUCCUUGUGUGGGUUUCGUGUGUACUGCAUUGUGGUUUAGUUCCCAGCAGACUUGUACCAUAUAUCCGGUCAAAAUUUGUUUAUGUGCCACACUCUGAAGACCCUGAGUUGUUGGUAGCCGAGCUCUGACUAUCACCACUUGUACUAUUGAGGGUGACAUUGUUGUAACAUUGGAUAUUAGUGUGUGCCAUGGUGCGAUUUAGCACGUUGUGAGUGCUAACACUAUUGACCGUGGGGAGCGUGGGCUUAUUUAAGCUGCCACUGAUUUUGUUGGCAUGAUUUAGGGGCGUAUUUUCCUUAUCUUUACCAAUGGAGUUAUGGCUAGGAGAGGACAAUGUCGAAUUUCGGGGGCUUUUGACUUUUUUAUGGGGUUAUUUAGUGGCAUGUUAGAUUCUGCGGUGAUAGGUGGUAUGGUUUUAUUAUUUAUUUGGUUACAGUCUAGUGGCCUUUCGGCUGGUGAUGUACUCUGAUGGGAUAAUUCUGUGUGUUUUGAGAGGGGUGAUGCGGUGGGGUCUACUCUAUCUCUCACAAGGUUGGGAAUAAUGGCCUACCUACUUCACAAUUGGUCUUAGCGAGAUAAUUGUAUGCGCGCCUUUCUAUGACUGUUUCGUCCACCCCGACCUUUACAAGUUUGUAGUUUCUGGCUUGCGAUAGGGUGUGUUGGGAGUGGAUGAAUUUUCUGGUCUCUGCCGGUGUUUCGAACUGAAAACGAAUAGGACAACACUUUUCAUGUUGACUCUACUUCAGCCUAUAGCACUUAGUCUUGGAGUUAGGCAUUUUCGCCUCACUAAGUAAGAUGCGCUGUACCUUUUUUAGUGCCUAAUUCUCCGGAACGUUGUAGACAAUAGCACUCAGUUUUGCGUCAAGUCGUUUUGUUACUUCUGUGGUAACAAAGUUAAUGAGGUUAUCUACCUUAGUUACCGAUUCUGUGUCAAGCUUGUUAAGGUUUACAGUUUUCAUGAGGAUAUUUAGGGGUGUCAGUUCACAGACAUGCGAUCUGAUAUCGCUGAUCUGAUCUGAUAACUUGGAUAUCUCGGUAUUGGUUUCGAUGUUUCCAGCAUUUACUGACUUAUUGUUUUUUAUUUCCUUUAGCUCAGCCUGAAGUUCUCCUAUAGACAACUUUAGAAGUUCUAUUUCUGAAGGCAGUACUGAAAAAGAGCUUGAUGGCUGGAGUUUCUCCAUAAGCACAAAAGGUGAAGGGAGGAGUUCUGUAUGAGCAGAGGGGACUGAAUGUUUAGGAGUAGUGCUUAUACUAGCUGCCAGUACAGUUAUAUCCUCAGUUUCAGCUCAACACUUGCGGCAUACAAGUGAAUUAUGUGACUCACUAUAGCCGUUUGUAAGGGGUGUGUUGCUUGAUGUAGCAAUCAAGGACAUUAAAUUAGACACCAGUUUUAUAGGUUUCAGACCUGAUGCUAGUCGUUUGGCACCUCUAAUUCAAGCAACGUCACCUAAUAAUAUGUCAUCGUUGAGAUCACGGAUAGGUAAUCUUCAGUUUUACUGCAGAUUCAUUACCAAUUUCCCUCAACGGUUAUCUCCACUUUCUUAGAUUGUCGCCAGUAAACAUGUUGUAAUUUUUUUUAUUCGUAGUAUUAGUAUUCCGAGAUGACCGAAUUACAAGAAUCCAACCAAAACACAGAGAGGACGGAAUUCAGGAAUUCGUAUUUAGCGUAAUUAUUAUUCAAUUCAUAUAAGAAAUAUAUUAACAAUCAACAGUAAGUAUUUAAACAAUACAGAGAUAGAAAUUGUCAACCACCACAAAACAAUUUAAGUGGGAACAACAGCAUGAGAAUAUCUUGCGAAAAACUUUGGAGUUUCUUAAUAAACAAGCUUUCCUAAGACCUUUUUAUCGAAAGAUAAGUCUGUUCUCACUACAGGUGCUUCUCCUAUGGGUAUAGCUGCAGUACUUGAGCAAAAUGGACAACCUGUUAUUUGUAUUUCAAGACGUCUAAGUAAGAGUGAACAAGGGUACUCAAAAACCCAGAAAGAAGCUCUAGCAGUUGUAUGGGCAAUGAGACGCUUGCACAAGUAUCUCUUUGGUACUAAGUUUCACAUAGUUAUUGACCAUCAAGCUUUGAAAUUCAUUUACAAUCCAGAAAAAUCUUUGAAUAAAUCAUCUGCUGCUAUGGUUCAAAGAUGGAGUUUAGAACUAAGUGCAUACGAUUACACUACUGAAAAUAGAUCGGCAAAGGAUAUACCUGAUGCAGCCUUCUUAUCUCGUUAUUCAUUAUUUGAAAAUGCUACUAAUGAUACCGAUUGCUUAUUAGUCCAGCCGUUACCGGUGGAUCGAGUUCGACUUAUAAAUGAUACUCGGAAAUAUUACGGAUGCGUUAUAAAUGCAACAAAAAGAGGUUGGAAUGUUCAGUGCAAGCGAAGAUUUCCAGACUUUUAUAAGCGAAGAGAUGAGAUUUCAGUCCAUCCUGAAGGAUUUCUAUGUCUGAAUGACAGAAUUAUUAUUCCUCAAACAUUAAGAUAUGCGAUUUUGGAUGAUCUGCAUUCUGCUCAUCUAGGAGCUGAUAAGAUGAAAUCAUUAGCACGCCUAACAUGCUGGUGGCCGGAAAUUGAUGCUGACAUUAACAAAAGAUCAAAGAGCUGUUCUAGCUGUUUACAUAAAAUGUCCUAUGGGAAGUCAUCGUGGACACCGUGGCCUGCAUCUUGUGAGGUUUGGCAGGGUAUUCAUGCAGAUCACUGUGGUCCAUACUUAAUUUCAUGUUAUGCUUUAGUUAUUGUGGAUUCUUAUUCUAGAUGGCCAGAAGUCAUCAUUACAGAUAGUCCUAAUGCCAAAUUCACUCACAGAGCGUUGAGAAAGAUUUUUAGUCGAGAAGGAAUUCCAGAUGUCUUAGUUACUGACAAUGGUACUCAUUUUACGGAGAAGAACUUCAAUGAUUGGCUCAAACAUAUAGGUUGUCGUCAUUUGUACACAGCACCACGUCAUCCUCAGUCAAACGGGUUGGCAGAAAAUUUUGUACGAACAUUAAGGAGUGCUAUAGCAUCAAUGAGUCCUCAAAAUCUUGAUGAGCUAGAGAGAUGUGUGGAUAACUUCUUACUUCAAUAUCGCAAUGCGGAGCAUACAAGUACUCAUGAAAGUCCUGCAAAACUAUUUAAAUCUCGAAUUCUCAGAAAGCAUCUGAUGUCCACGACUUCUGAUGUACAUUAUUACACAGGGAAUGAUUAUAGACCUUCUGUUGAAAUCAUACUACAAAGAAUGGGAAAUCGAACGGUGAAGAUAUUAGACAUUGAAGAUAAUUCAGUUCAUAACAGACACUUGGAUCAAGUGAGAAUAAAUGAGGUAGGUCGUUCCGAUUAUGAUUACAAUGACUCCGCUACCAAUCCCGACUUUUUAGAUAAUUCAGAAAUAAGUCUAGAUGAUACUGAUGGAAAUAAUAUCACAGAAUCAGUUAGACGAUCGAAGAGACUUGCAACCAAACCACGAUGUCAUUAUAAGUACGCAAGGAGACAUUCGACGUGUGGCGGAUGUGGUGAUUGACAAUUUCUAUCU